AUGGGACAAUUCAUGAAUUACAGCCUGUAUAACCCGCAUUACGGCUAUUUCUCGAAGCACGCGACUAUCUUUACUCCCGGCGAACCAUUCGACUUUAAUAACAUUGAAGAUGGACCUGCAUUCAACAAAUUGCUAGACGAGCGAUACGUGGAAUUUGAAGAUAAACUGGACGAGACAAACUACGAUGAAACUCGACAGCUGUGGCAUACUCCCACUGAGCUCUUCCGUCCUUAUUAUGGCGAAGCUAUUGCUCGAUACCUCGUUACAAACUACAAAUUGACUUUGUUCCCAUACCACGAUCUGAUAAUCUACGAAAUGGGAGCGGGGAAUGGUACUAUGAUGCUCAAUAUUUUGGACUACAUACGAGAUGUUGAACCCGAGGUAUACCAGAGAACGAAGUAUAAGAUCAUCGAAAUCUCGAGCAGUCUUGCCAAUCUGCAACAGCAGAACCUCAACCACUCAAUUCACGUAGGCGGUCAUGGCGGGCAUGCUGAAAUCAUCAAUCGAUCGAUAUUCGACUGGGACACCUAUGUUCAUUCACCGUGUUUCUUCUUGGCGUUGGAGGUGUUCGAUAAUUUUGGCCACGAUGUUAUUCGCUACGAUAUGGAGACCGGUCAACCUCGACAAGGAUGUGUUCUUAUUGAUUCUGAUGGUGAGUUUUACGAAUACUACGUUCCAGACCUGGACCGCUCGGCAGCCCGGUUUCUGCGAGUCAGGCAGGCAGCGGCUCGUCGACCAUUUACUACACCGCUAGGACCACCUAUGUGGCGCAAGCUUCAAAGUGCGCUUCCAUUUGCGCCCAAUAUGACGUUGCCGGAAUAUAUUCCAACACGAUUAAUGCAAUUCUAUGACGUUUUGCAUGAUUAUUUCCCAGCUCAUCGUCUUAUUGCGAGUGACUUCAACUCGCUUCCUGAUGCCGUGCCGGGCUUCAGUGCACCUGUAGUCCAGACUCGAUAUCAAAGGAGGAAUGUCCAGGCAACUACACCAUAUGUCCACCAGGGAUACUUUGAUAUAUUCUUUCCGACCGACUUUAAUGUGAUGGAAGAUGUGUAUCGAGCAAUUACCGGAAAAUUGACAAGGCUAACGGGUCAUGACGACUUCAUGAAGCGUUGGGCAUACCUUGAAGACACCCAGACAAGGAACGGCGAGAACCCUCUCUUGGGUUGGUAUAAGAAUGCCAGUGUGAUGAUUACUGUAUAA